AUGGCCCUCUGCUGCUGCCCACCUUGUUGUGAGCCAUGCUGCUGCAAGACCACCUGCUGCAAAACCACCUGCUGCCAGCCCUGCUGCUGUGAAUCCAGCUGCCCUGAGUCCAACUGCUGUCAGCCUUGCUGUCCCCCAUGUUGCUGCAGCACACCAUGCUGCAAGCCCUGUGGCUGUGAUACCACCAGCUGCAAGACCACCUGUUGCAAGCCAACCUGUGUGAACAUCUGCUGCAGCACACCCUGCUGCCAACCCUGUUGCUGUGUGCCCACCUGCUGCCAGCCCUGCUGCUGUGUGCCCACCUGCUGCCAGCCCUGCUGCUGUGUGCCCACCUGCUGUGAAAGCACCUGCUGUGAUACCACCUGCUGCAAGGACACCUGUUGCAAGCCAACCUGUGUGACCAUCAGCUGCAGCACACCUUGCUGCCAACCCUGCUGCUGCUGA